AUGGCAGACCAGGGCACUACGUUGUUUUUCGUGCUUGUGAUCACCGGUUACAUUGCUUUGAAAUGGUUUAUGAGCAACAACGAGCAGCACCCUUCGGUGCAGGCCAAUGGCGCCAGCAGCGCCAGCAGCACCAAUGGGGCCAGUAAUGGCUCAUCAGGUAACGGUUCCAGUGGGAGAAGGACCCCCAGGCCCAGACGGAUCCGUCGUCCUGUGAACCAGGACAUGAUCGAGGUUGUGCAGUCGUUGGCACCACAUUUGCAUCCAGAACAGAUCAGAUACGACUUGGAACAGACCGGGUCGGUCGAGGCGACCGUGGAGAGGUUCCUUUCCGGGAGAGAGAUGCCGUUCCCGCCAGAUUACCAGGGGGAAGCAUCCACCACCAACGGUACCACAUCAUCGUCCACAGAUCCACGGAAAAGAUCUAACAUCAAGCCGGACAACCUCUUGCAGAAGUACGACGUGGACCCCGAGGAGGACAUGUCUGGCGUGGAUGCUAGCGAUCUGUCGAUCAACGAGAGGAAGCGUCUGAUGGUGUGGAAGGCGCGGAAGAACAUGGAGAAGGAAGUGAAGAAGAGCGAGUACUUGCAGAAGUUGUUGGGGGCCUAG